AGUGUUCGUAGAAGCAGCUCGCGGUACAGUCGUGUAACGUGUGACCUUGUCAAUUGUCGCGCGUUCUUCUGAAAGUUUUCUCUGAAUUUCUAUCAUGUUGUGCUUCAGAAACUUGAAUAAACUUAAUUAUAAUUAAAUAUAACAAAGAAUUGAUCAGUGUGUAGUUAAAUAAUUAGUUUAAGUGAUUUUGAAUAAACGAAUAAGUGUUUCAGUGUAAAGUAGUUAGUUAUAUGGUGUAAAUGGAUAACUUUUAAUGUUUGCGUGAAAAUAAAAGAUGGCAGAAUAUUCCGGCUGCCGGCUGUUGUGACAUGUCAACCACCGCGGCCUCCUACGAAUCAUGUACACAAUGAGGAUGUUUAUUGCCUCUAAAUUUAGGCCAAGCCUUGCGCUUGGCACGACAAAUAGAACGGAGCAGAUAAAUUUCUUGGAAAAUAUCAAUGUCACUAGGACCAAUGAAAGUUUAAGCGAUGACGAAUACAUAUUCGAUAGGACAGACAUCAGGGCGAUAUUCAUCACAUUGUACACUAUCGUUUUCUGCUGUUGUUUUUUUGGUAAUCUCCUCGUGAUCCUCGUGGUUACUUUAUCGAGGCGCCUGCGCUCAAUCACAAAUUUCUUCCUCGCCAACUUGGCGGUAGCUGAUCUAUGUGUGGGAGUCUUUUGCGUUUUCCAGAACUUGACAAUAUACUUAAUACCCAGUUGGGUGUUCGGCGAUUUUUUAUGCAAGAUGUACCAGUUCGUGCACUCGCUCAGCUACACCGCAUCUAUAUUCAUCUUGGUCGUGAUCUGCACUGAAAGAUAUUUUGCUAUUAUUCAUCCUAUAACGUGCAAGCAGAUUCUUACUUCCACCAGACUUCGGUUGGUAAUUGUCGGUGUUUGGAUUACGAGUGCAGCGUACAGUGCCCCUAAAUUCAUUUGGGUGGAGACUAUAAAGAACAGUUUGGGCGAUGGCCGCACUGAGACCAUAUGUAUAUCACACAGACGGAAAUACAAUUCGGAACUAUUCGACAUGAUAAAUUUUGGACUUCUCUACGUAACACCGCUUUUCGUGAUGACGGUAUUAUACACGAGAAUAGCUGUAGGCCUGUGGCAGAGUUCGCAGAGUCUACAACAUCUUGGCAGAGUCCAGUGUUGCGCAACGCAAUGUCCACGCGUGGAGAAACCACCCGAAUUCGAACCUCAGCGCACUUUUGUUGGUACUACAGAAACAAAGAAAAUGUUGAAGCGCUGUAUGAAGAUCAAUGAGGCAAUGAAGAAUGUCCGUAAUACAGAGUCUCGCGACUGCCACCAUCUAAGCCAUUUGUCGCGCAACGUUCUCCGAGCGCGCCGCGGUGUUGUACGUAUGCUGAUCGUCGUUGUGCUCACAUUCGCGAUCUGCAACCUGCCAUUCCACGCACGCAAGAUGUGGCAGUACUGGUCGAGCGGUUACGAAGGCACCAGCGAUUUCAGCACUUUACUCACGCCUCUUACCUUUCUGAUCACCUACUUCAACUCAGGCAUCAAUCCACUUUUAUACGCUUUCUUAUCGAAAAAUUUCCGGAAAGGCAUGAGGGAACUCCUCUUCUGCAAUUUUCAUGGCAAGAGAAAAAGUGAGAACAUGAUAAUUCUGAACUCUGUCGGUGUUGGAUUACGGCGAAGCUCGACCAGGUCCACUCGGGCUAACUGCAGCACUGUCACAAUGGCACCCAAUGGGGACUCAUGAAAUUUGCGUCGCCGACGUGUGCUUUAUAAAAUAGAGAACACUGAUAUUUCCUGAUUAACGGAGAGCACAGACGAAGUGACUGACAGCAGCGGUCUAUAUACUAUAUCAACUAUAUCCAAAAAAGACUUAUACGAUUAAAAAAGUGAGCAACUC